AUUCUCAUUCCUCCCCCUCCGCAGCAGUAGCAGCAGCAGCGUUGGAGAAGAUCAAGCAUGGAGUUUGCUUCGUUCUUGACGUCUCUCUGCACGUCAUUCGUCAUCUUCGUUGUGCUGAUGCUGCUUUUCACCUGGCUCUCGAGAAAGCCUGGGAAUGAAGUGGUGUACUACCCAAACAGGAUCUUCAGGGGUUUGGACCCUUGGGAGGGCCGCCGGAUGACGAGGAAUCCGGUCGCUUGGAUCGGUGAGGCCCUUCGAGCAUCUGAAGCUGAUGUUAUCGCUGUUGCCGGUGUUGAUGCUGCUGUUUACUUGGUCUUUCUCUGCUCUGUUCUGGGAAUAUUGGUAUUAUCUGGCAUUCUGCUACUUCCCGUUCUUCUUCCAGUUGCUGCAACUGACCAUAAUUUGAAGUUGUCUGCUCAAAGUAAUAGCAACGGGACCUUUACAAAUCUUGACAAAUUAGCAAUGGGAAAUAUACAAGAGCAAAGUCCAAGACUGUGGGCAUGCAUUCUAGGAACUUAUUGGGUUUCUUUUGUUACCUUCUUUGUACUUUGGAAGGCCUACAAGCAUGUUAACAAUAUAAGGUCUGCAGCUAAACCCAACUCACUGAGAACACCAGAAGACUUUGCUGUAUUGGUUAGAGACAUUCCACGUGCUCCCAAAGGUCAAACUGUCAAAGAUCAUGUGGACUUGUAUUUUAAGUCACUCCAUCCGGACACAUUCUACAGAUCAAUGGUGAUUACAGACAAUAAGAAGGUCAAUAAAAUUUGGGAAGAGUUGGAAGGCUAUAGAAAGAAACUUGCUCGUGCGGAAGUGGUAUAUGAAGAAUCUAAAACCGCAAGUAAACCUGAUGGUACAAGACCAACCAAUAGAACAGGCUUCCUUGGUCUUAUAGGUUCAAAAGUGGACAGUAUUGAUCACUGUAACGAGAAAAUUAAGGAAUUGCUUCCUAAGUUAGAAGCUGAACAGAAGGUCACUCUUGAGGAGAAACAACAGCAUGCUGCUUUGAUCUUUUUUAACAGCAGGCCGGCUGCAGUUUCUGCUGCUCAGACUCUCCAUGCUCAAAUGGUUGACACAUGGAUUGUGAUGGAAGCUCCUGAGCCUCGCCAAUUAAUUUGGACAAAUUUGCCAAAGAAAUUUUAUGAGAGGCAAAUCAGGCAGUAUGUUAUUUAUGGUAUCGUCUUUCUGACUGUAUUUUUCUACAUGAUUCCGAUUGUGUUCAUUUCUUCUCUCACAACUUUGGCAAAUUUAAGGAGGCUUUUGCCAUUUCUGAAGCACAUAGUAGACAAGCCGGCAAUUAAAACAAUAUUAGAAGCAUAUCUUCCCCAGAUUGCACUAAUAGUAUUUAUGGCGUUGCUACCAACUCUCCUUAUGUUUCUCUCUAAAGCAGAGGGAAUCCCAUCUCAAAGCCAUGUUGUACGAGCGACCUCUGGGAAGUACUUUUAUUUCAUUAUCUUUAAUGUGUUUCUUGGUGUUACAAUCAGUGGGUCAUUGAUUGAUUCUCUCAAGACUAUUCUAAACCAUCCAAAGCAGAUUGUGCCAUUGCUUGGUGCAAGUCUGCCUGGAAGUGCAACCUUCUUCCUCACAUUUGUUGCUCUGAAAUUCUUUGUUGGCUAUGGCCUCGAGCUCUCUCGUCUAGUUCCUUUGGUCAUUUUUCAUCUCAAAAAGAAGUUUCUAUGUAAGACUGAAGCUGAGGUGAAAGAGGCCUGGGCUCCGGGAGACUUUAGUUAUGGUACCAGAGUUCCGAAUGACAUGCUUAUCAUGACAGUUGUCCUUUGCUACUCUGUUAUUGCCCCGUUAAUAAUUCCUUUUGGUGUUGUAUACUUUAGCCUGGGAUGGCUUAUUGCUCGCAAUCAGGCCCUGAAAGUGUAUAUUCCGUCAUAUGAGAGCUUUGGCCGUAUGUGGCCACACAUGCAUGUACGGGUACUUGCAGCCUUGGUUAUCUACCAGAUCACCAUGUUGGGCUACAUCAGUUUAAAGAAGUUCUUAUAUGCACCCUUCAUUGUCCCUCUUCCAAUAUUAUCCGUUGUCUUUGCUUACAUAUGCAAUAAGCGCUUUUACCGUGCCUUUGCCAACACAUCUCUAGAAGUUGCUUGUCAGAAUUUGAAGGAAACCUCCAAUCUGGAGUCUGUUUAUACCGCAUUCAUUCCUCCCAGCUUGAUGCCAGAGAAGCUUGAUGAUGGCAAUCAGUUUGAAGGCGCACAAUCACAACCAUCAAGACCAACAGCAGUUUAAUGGAUAUCAUACAAGUAACACUAUUUCCUGCAUGCUUUAUGGUCCAAAAACUCUGAAAAUGCCAAUCAAUUUUUAGACGCCGCCCUGUGUAACUUGUUGAUGUAUAUAAUAUGUCAGUUCUGCCGGUUAGAUGCUGCAACAGUUUGUUUGUUGGUUUGUACUGAAUGUAUCAUUGACUGUGGUUUGCCUUUUUGUUGUUUAGGUCAUAGAAAGCUUGUAUUCAACGAGAAAACUUUCAUGUGAACUAAUGUAUUUCGUGUGUUUUAUUCAA